GAACUGUCGCACAACGAGAUCAUUUUCCGUCCGGUCUGGCGUAGUAUAACCCCCUUGUAACGUAACUUGCGUACUUCCGCUCACAUUCACAAUCACACUUCCUUUUAGAGCAUCGGCGGACGGAGCGAGGAAGUCAGAAAUGCUUGCCACCAGAGCUCUUAGCCUUUUUGGCAAACGUGCCAUCUCCACAUCUGUCUGUGUACGCGGGGGACAUGGUGUUGCUAAGGUAGAGGAGUACACUCUCCCUGCCUACUUUGACAGGACGGAUAACCCCCUCCCAGACAUCCGCUAUGUGCAGAGCCUGAGUCCAGAGCAGCAGUCCCUGAAGGAGAAGGAGAAGGGUUCCUGGGCUGCUCUCUCUAAUGAGGAGAAGCUUGCAUUGUACCGCAUCAGCUUCAAUCAGAGCUUUGCUGAGAUGAAGAAGGCAUCAGGAGAGUGGAAGUCUGUGGUUGGUGGCAUAUUGUUCUUUAUUGGCUUCACUGGGCUGAUUUUGCUCUGGCAGAGAAAGUAUGUGUAUGGACCAGUCCCACACACAUUUGACCCUGAGUACAAAGCAAAGGAGCUGCAGAGGAUGCUGGACAUGAGAAUCAGUCCAGUAGAGGGCUUUGCAGCCAAAUGGGAUUAUGAAAACAAGCAGUGGAAAAAGUAAAGGACCCAGAGGACCAUAAUACAUACUUGAAGAUAAAGGCAGACCAACUCAAAGAUACAGUACCUAUAUUUCUGUAUUUAUCAAUUGUCCACAUUACCAGUUGUCCACAUUACCUCAGUUUGUGCAUUUGGAAGACCUCUUCCUCUUAAGGUCAUUGUGUAUUAUAGAAAUGAAAAUAAAAAAUGCUAAAACAUA